UACUAUUGCAGUUUUUAGAUGUUUAGAAAUGGUUGACGAAGUUGCAACGGUGAUUUCAAUAAAGUCAGUGAUGAAGGCGAUAUAUAAAGUCCUAUUCACCUGUGUUUCUUCUUGCACCAUGGCAUGCCCAUUUCUUAAUGACGUGUUGGACGACGAAGCACUGAUACUGAGACGUGCUUUCAGACGUGAGAGGGUGUUUCGUGACAGAUCUGACCCUUUGGCUUUUUCGGACGAGUACCUGCAUGAGAGGUAUAGGUUUUCUGGAGAUGGGAUCCGUUAUUUGUGUAGACUGCUGGGUCCCAAAAUUCAGCACCGCACAGGGCGAAGCCAUGCUCUCACCAUCCCACAGAUGGUCUGUGUGGCACUGCGCUUUUUCGCAAGCGGCAUGUUUUUAUAUGCCGUGGGAGAUGCCGAAACCUUGAAUAAAGGUACCAUUUGCCGUACGGUCAGAAGUGUGUGUUUGGCACUGAAGUCCUUGGCACACAUCUUCAUUACCUUCCCUGGCCACAGAAGAAUGUGUUACAUCAAGGAGGAUUUCCACAAGAUUGCAGGUUUCCCUAAUGUCAUUGGUGCGCUGGACUGCACACACAUCCGAAUUAAACGCCCCUCAGGGGCCCAUGAGGGAGAUUAUGUCAAUCGAAAAUCCUUCCACAGUAUCAAUGUUCAGAUGAUCUGUGAUGCUUCCUGCAUGAUCACCAAUGUGGAGGCAAAGUGGCCUGGGUCUGUCCAUGACUCCCGAGUUUUCAGGUCCAGUACCAUUUCCCAGCGACUGUCACAAGGUGAAUUCUCUGGUGUUCUUCUGGGAGACAAGGGUUAUGCCUGUGAGACAUACCUUCUCACUCCACUAGCAGACCCUCAGACAGCAGCACAGCAAGGGUACAAUCUUGCCCAUGCAAGAACAAGGGGCCGAAUUGAAAUGGCAUUUGGCCUUCUAAAGUCACGUUUUCAGUGUCUCCACCACCUGAGGGUCACCCCAGACAGGGCAUGUGACAUCACUGUAGCUUGCACUGUCCUACAUAAUGUUGCCUGUCUGAGGAGAGAAAGGGGUCCUGCACUGGCACCGGAGAUUGAGUGGGACAAUGCAGCAAUCUUCCCAGAUAACAUAAAUGGCAGGCUAGUCAGAGACCAAUAUAUUAAUUAUUUUACAUAAAAAACUUUAUUUUCUUGUCCUUCUCAGGCAAGCUGGGGAGAGAGACAAAAUAAAUACAUUGUUU